UUAUUUAAUUUAAAUUUCUUGUCGUAAUCUAAAAUAAUUAUUAGGUAUUGGUAAUUAGGCCUAGGCGUUGGGUCUUCGGGUCGGGUUCGGACCGAUUCCUUUCGGAUUCAGGCCGGUUCCUUUCGGAUCCGGAUCUUUCGGAUCCGGAUCUUUCGGAUCCUAAAUAUUUAGACCCAAUAAAUACUUAGAAAUUUUCGGAUUGGAUUCGGAUCGGUUUUUUUCGGGUCUGGAUUGGUUCGGGUCUAUAAUUAAAAUUCCCGUAAUUUUUCGGGUCCAUAUCGGGUCUGGGUCGGAUUCAGAUAUUUAAGAUCUAAAAAGGACAUGGCAUACCCAACACCAUCAAAUUUAGUCGAUAUUUGUCAUAUAUAUCUAAAAUUUUACUAAAUAACUUAAGUGAAACUAUUAAUAAUUAAAAUAAAACAUUUUUAAACUCUAAAUUUUACAUUUUAAAUCUUCAUAUUCCUUAAAAAUGUUAUAAAAUAAUAAUAAAUGUUGUUAACAAAAGAUAUUUCAACUAAAUCAUAAAAUAUUAUAUAUAAAAUAGAACACAAAAAAUUAUAGUUUUAGAUAUACAUGUUUUUAAGUCGGGUACAAAUCGGUUCUUAUCAGGUCGGGUCUAUUCGGGUCGGAUUUUUCGGAUCCGGGUUUUUCGGGUCCGGAUCUAUUCGGAUCGGUUUCUUUCUAUUCCGGUUUUUUCGGGUAAAAGAAAUUUAGAUCUAAAAAAUACUUGUAAAUUUUCGGUUCAGUUCCAAAUGAGGUAUUUUUUGGUCGGUUUCGGUUCGGAUUUUCGGAUGGAGGUUAAAAUGCCCAGGCGUAUUGGUAGUAAUGCAUUUGCUAUUGUUGAAUCAAAAUCAUUGAUUUUGUUUUCGCCAACAUUUCAUUCGAAUUUGUAAACAUUAUAUAUAUAUAUAUAUAUAUAUAUUAUAGUUUACUUUUUGUAAGGAUUUAACACGACAUCAAAAAGGACAGAAUCUUUCUGACCUACACUAUUAUCUGUAAGAAAACACACCAAUGAGGAUUUCUUCAAAUCCAAUUUAGAUUUAUAAAGAUUAUUUGUUAUUAUUGUUAGUAUUAAUCUUAUAAUAAAAUAUUAUCUAAUUAUUUAUUGACAUCUCUCUCUAAGUUAGUAUUUAAAAAAACACAUUACCCAACCGGAGUUUUAUCUGCCGCCAUAUUAACACGUUCUUCAGAAAUCUCAAACCGGAGACUCAAAAACAGAGGAAACAUGUCUCUUCACGGACGAUUCCCGGCGAGUCCGCCGGUUUCAUUAUCUCCGGCGUCUUCCUCAUCGCCGAGUUCUCACUCCCCGUCGUCUCCUGACCUGAAGCAACGAGUCAUCGCUUGCCUCAACAAGCUCGCGGACCGCGACACGUUAGCUCUCGCCGCGGCGGAGCUCGACUCCAUCGCCAGAAACCUAACUCACGACUCCUUUUCUUCUUUCCUCAGCUGCAUCCACACCACCGACUCCUCCUCUAAAUCUCCGGUGCGGAAACACUCUGUCGCCGUUUUAUCGCUCAUGUCUCGCCACCACGGCGAGUCUCUCUCUCCUCACCUCUCUAAGAUGGUCUCCACCAUCAUCCGCCGUCUCAGAGACCCCGACUCCUCCGUUCGCUCCGCCUGCGCCGCCGCUACCGCCGAUAUAUCCGCUCACGUCACGAGGCAACCGUUCGCCUCCGUCGCGAAACCGCUUAUCGAGACGCUGAUCCAGGAAGGCGACUCGAACGUGCAGACCGGAGCGGCGGUGUGUUUGGCGGCGUCGGUGGAAGCUGCGGCGGAUCCUGAGCCGGAGCAGUUGAGGAAGUCUCUUCCCAAGAUCGGGAAGAUGCUAAAGAGCGAGGCUUUCAAGGCCAAGGCGGCGCUUUUAAGCGCCGUGGGUAGUAUCAUCACCGCGGGUGGCGCGGGAAGUAAACCGGUUUUGGAUUGGUUAGUUCCGGUUUUGAUAGACUUUCUGAGCAGUGAAGAUUGGGCGGCGAGGAAAUCCGCUGCGGAGGGGUUGAGUAGAGUCGCGGCGGCCGAGGAGGAGUUGGCGUGGGAAUACAAGAAAGCUUGCACGGCGGCUCUUGAAAGCAGAAGGUUUGAUAAGGUGAAGAGUGUGAGAGAGACUAUGAAUAGAGCAUUGAGUCAGUGGAAAGAAGUGGCCAAUGAUGUAGACGAAGCCUUGUUGUCUCCAUGUACAUCUUCCCUUGACGUUGGUGUCAAGUCUUCAAGACUAAAGAAGUCAACGCGUAUGAUCAAGAGGUCACCAUCUUUGCCUGUGAAUAGAUCAUAUGUAGCAAGUAGACAACAAAAGGAGAAUCUUCCAAGAAGGAACGUGACCGUGUCAGUAGCUUCUAGGGAGGAGGAGCAGGUGAAGUCAGGGGGACCAGAUAUAAUCAAACAUACAAUCUCUGAGAAGGGCCGGGAAGAUAAGAAAGUAGGUGGCUUUGAUUGUGGUUUGAGGUCUGGUUCUAGGGUGGCACCAUGCAGCGACGAUGGUGAUGAUUCUUGUGAUUCUCUUGUCAAGAAUGGUAAAGAUGGUGUUGAUGAGAGCAGGAAAGAUAGUGAGGAACUUUCUUUGAUACGCGAGCAGCUUGCUAUGAUUGAGAACCAGCAGUCCAGUCUUUUAGACCUACUUCGGAAAUUUAUGGGAAGCUCACAGAGUGGGAUCCAGUCUCUGGAGUCUCGUGUAAGCGGUCUAGAGAUGGCUUUGGAUGAAAUAUCAUGCGAUCUUGCGGUUUCAAACGGGAGAGUACCUAAGACUAGUAGCUGUGGAGGAGAGAGUUGUUCAAAACUACCUGGUGCAGAGUUCUUAAGUCACAAGUACUGGAGAAAAGCAGAGGAGAGACCAAUGCAAACCAGAAGCACAGCCAGUGAAACGGCUGCGCAUGAGAAUAGUUUUGACCAGGGGAUGCAAAAGAGAGGUUCUGUUUUUCAAAAGAGAUCAGCAAGAAACCAGUUUCAAGACUCCGUGCAUACAACGCUACAGAAACCAACAACCAGGGGAAGAGAGUGAUGCGGAGAUUGAAGUAAAAUAGAAGCUGACCAGACUGACUCAGACGGUGACAAUGAAAAAUCCAAAUCUCAUAUUCAAUGCUUUGCUUCAACCGCAUGUCUGCCUUGUCCACUCUCACACACAUGUCAUAUUAAGCUUUCUCUUGUAAAAAAGAAGAAGAAAUAAUCUAAUAAAUUAAUCAGCAAGUGAAUCAAUAGAGCUUCAAGGAUUAAAGGCAUGUGAAUAAAAGUGAUUUUUAUUGUAAUGUGUCAUUCAUUACUCAUUAGAGCUAUCUCAAAACCCCUCUUCGGAACUACGCUAGGUGCCAGUCGGUCGGUAACCCCAGACCUAGCAAGUUAUCGAAAAAUCAGAGAGUAUUCGAGGAUUACACAUGACCUAGUUUUAAAUACAGCUAAAUUCUAACCUGCGCAGGAUGUUUUAUUUCGUUUUCAUAUUUUUGAACUUUUUUAUAUUAUUGAAUGUAUAUACUUUAAAACCAACACAAUUUUAUAGCAGAAAUCUAUAGUAGUUUUAUAUAUUCUAGUAGUUUAUAUAAAUAUUUGUAUUGUUAGAUUUCAUUUAAAUAAAAACUAUAUCAAAUAUUUAUUAAGAAACAAAUUUGCAAAUAAAUUUUGUUUUCAUAACAAUGUGAUAUUAAUUUUUUUUUCAUCCAACGUGAUAUUAAUUUAUUAUUUACAUCAUUCGUAUUUUACAUUUUUAGUUCUUUGUACAUAUUUGUGCUAAUUAAAAGUGGUUAAUAAUGUAUAAUUCAAACAAAUGGACCAAGCUCUAGAUAAUAUAAAAAGACUAAGCCUAAAUUUGGUACUAAACAGAUUAAUCCGGGAAAAAGAAGAAAAUAAACAUACAUAACCUUUUCCUUUUGAGUUUAAUGUAUUUUUAUCGGUGAAUCAAAGUUAGCUUAUUUCUCCCUUCGUCUCUUUGCUUCCCCAUCGGUUUUAUCAAAGAGCAAACUCCACGGAGAAGAAGAAAACCAAGACUUAACUAUAUUUUUGUGUGGCUCAACUAACCUCCAACUUCUAAAGUUCAUAUGCGAAUUCAAUGAAAACCAACAACCUCUAGAUCGGAGACUAAUUGGUUGAUCAAAACAUUCAAUCUAAGAAGAAAGCAGGGGAUGUGAAAUUUAGAGGAUGAAUGGAUUAUCAUGUUGAAGAUCAGGUUGAACUCUUUCGUAUAACGUUAUUAGUUGAAUUUUAGCAAAAAAAAAAAAAGAUCAGGUAUUGGCAUAUGAAAUAAAAACUCCAAACAUAGAAUCUAGUUAAUCGGAAUCGUCAUACAAAGGUUAGUACUUGUUUUGUAAUAAGGUUGAUUUCAAAUGUCUUAAAUAUUUUUCAUACAUGAAGUAUUAGUAUCAAAACCAUCUCAUAGUUAUGUUAUAUAGGGAGAUAGAUAUAUAGAGAGAUAGACAGUAGCAUCCGAUUUAUUGAAGAAAGAUUCUUAAGAUUUGGGUCAGAUUGAUAAACAGAGAGAUAAAUCGUGGGAAGAGUAGCAAACAGAAGUACUGAAGCAAUAUGGAUUAAAGGGGAGACAGAGAAAGGAAGAACGUAAUAUGUGUCUCUCAGUUUUCUUUUGCUUCUUUCUUGUUCUGAGAUUUUUUUAACUUGUUUAAAUAAUAUUUACAGCUCAAAAGGUAUUCAAGGUUGUCCAUGUCCCCACAGUUGAUGUCACUAAUCAUAUAUGUGUCUUGUCUCAUAUCUCUGUCUGAUAUUCUAAUUCUAAUAUAUAUACAGAUUGAAUAAGCGUUUCCUCCUUCUGCUAAGAUAGCAGACCCAUCGAUCAAUGAAGCUGACGAUGAAAUUGUACGACCCGGUUUUCUUAACCGGUUGGUUUGAUUUCUCUUUAAUUAAUUUAGAUUCAACCAAACCAUUUGUAAAAAAAAAAGGAAAAGAAACCAAGCCAUCGAUUUUCCUUUAUGUGUAUACAUAUAUAAUUGGUUCCUUAAAGCUCAGCAUCCAUUUCCUUUUAGAUCGUGGAAGAGAAUGAGUUGAUCACCAUCUCCAUCUUCUAUACUCCUUUACGAUCAAUUCCCAUCUCUUCAUCUUUCGGUUUUGAUGGCAAUCAAAGGAGGAACACCAUCAAUGUCACCAAUCACAUCGAUAGCCACAACCGGAGGCUUGUUCUUCGCCGAUCACCACCGUAUCCAUCGUUGCUGAUGUCCAUGGAGCCAUCAUUGCUUUUGUUAGUGUCGUUUAGCGGAGCUGAGCUGAGAUAUGGAGGAGAGACGAGCGACGGAGCUGCAGCAUCUCAUCACCGCCGACACCGUGUCUCACCGCCACCGUCACCGAUCCACACGACCAUCAGGGGUGACCCACCGGCGGUGCAUCCCAUGUCACCGGAGACGUUUCUGUGUUGUCAAAGAUUAUGUCGCGUGGUUAACCAAGGAGAAGCGUGAGAUCUUAGGCCGAGACCGGGUGUUUUAUUCUCAAAUCCGUUCCGGUUUCCGAUCAUGGCAAGGGUGAGACUGACGAGUAUAUGAUAUUUAGACGGAUUUGGUGCUACUAGGCUUUUUAUUCGAAUUUUUAUUUGGGCUUAGAGUGAGUGGAGUUAUGUAUAUGGGCUAUUGUGUUAUGAGAUAUUGUUGGUGGCACGCUGUCCAGAUGGGAGGUGACGGAUGUCACAGAAAUCUUUCAAAUGUUUGAUAUGAAACUGUAACAGAGAUUUCUAUGACCCAGUUGAGGAAGAUGAAUUUGAACAGGAUACUAAGGUCCAUAUAUUGUUCCCAACUGAACCUCUUCCGUUUCGUCUGCAGUGAUGAACUCAAGAGUUUCUCCACCACUACGGGUGUUUUGCUUCCACGGAUGAGGCAAUCUGACACGAACUGGCCACCCGAUUUUAUACGCUUUGACAUCCUUUAGAAGAGACAUAUUUUUUGCGCUCGCCAUGUUUUCUGUGAAUGAAGAGUGAAAUAUGGAUAGGUAGUAGGUAAUUCUAGACCCAGUAUAUGUAUAGAUGGGUGAAGAGUCUAGGUUAAGAGGGUAGAUAUGGCGAGCUUAGAUACAGCUCGGAUAUCCUCUGCCUUCAAUUUUAUAAAGUUAAUCUUAUGAUUGUAUCUUUUGAAAAUCUCUAUAAUCAAUUUUAGAAAUUGUUCAAAUUC